GAAGAGAAGGAAGACCGAGCGGUUGAGCGAGUUUAUCAUUAUUGCCGUAUUAACAUGGACGGGAAAAAAUAGAGACACACGGCAAAAUUAUACGGGUGACUUUGUCGAUUUACGACGAUGGAACAAGGCGAGAAUCGGCAAGCACGAUCGGCGUAGAGAUUGAAAUAUGUACGCUCGUAGAUGUGCGUUCAUUAUAUUGUGAGAGAGGGAGUGAGUGUGUGUGAGAAAGAGAGAAAGAGAGAGAGAGAGAGAGAGAGGGAGAGAAAGAAAGAGAAAGAGGCAAAAAGAAAGAAAGAAAAUAAUCUCUUGGCGUUGUGUGAAGCGCGUUGUCGCGUCGUGUGUCGCGUUCCCGUUUCCUCUGCGAGUCAGUGGGUGCGUCCGUGUGUGCGUGCGUGCGUCCGUGUAUGCGUGUGUGUUAAGUCAAGAUGGCGGCAACGUUAACCGUCGAGCAAGAACAAGCUACAAAAGAAUUUAUAGAGGCUGUGAAUAAGUGUCGAGCUGGCAGACGUGCCGGACCAGUUUCCUGGAGUACAGCAGUCAAAUUUUUAGCAGCCAGAAAAUUUGAAGUAAGCAGAGCUUUAGCUCUUUAUGAACAGCACGAAGCUACCAGAAGAAGAGAAGGUUUGGCUGUUUUACAUCCAACACAAGAACCAUUACUCAGUGAAUUACGUACAGGAAAAUUUACUGUUCUGCCUUCAAGGGAUGCAACUGGUGCUGCUAUAGCAAUCUUUACAGCACAUUUACAUCUUCCACAAAAUACUACACAUCAAACUACUCUACAGGGUGUUGUGUAUCAAUUAGAUGCGGCUCUUGAAAGUGCAGAUACCCAGAAACAUGGUUUGGUUUUUAUUUAUGACAUGUCUGAUAGCAAGUACCAAAAUUUUGACUACGAUCUAUCGCAAAAAAUUCUCACUCUAUUAAAGGGUGGAUAUCCAGCAAAACUUAAGAAGGUUUUAAUUGUAACGGCACCACUUUGGUUCAAAGCACCUUUCAAAAUCCUCCGUUUGUUUGUUCGUGAAAAAUUGCGGGACCGAGUAUUUACUGUAUCCAUUCCUCAAUUGAUAUUACAUAUACCACGAGAAUCAUUGCCACAUAGGCUAGGAGGCACCUUGGAGAUACAGCAUGAGGCAUGGCUAUUACAUUGUCUUAAAUCCAUGACAAACCGAGGCGGGGGUGAACUCUGUGAGGUCUGCGUUACUCCCAGAGUGGGAACCCCACUUUCACCUACAUUAAAGAAUCAUACAGUUCACCAGAAUCCCAAUGGAACACCGAUUAGUAAUCCAACUAGUCCUAUAAUCGAUAAGAAUAAGAUAAAGAAUGGUGUUUCAAACAUUGGAGAUAUUGAAAUUACUAACGGUGAUGUGUGGAUGGCAAACGACGAAGCACCAUCUCCAGUACAGCCUCCGUCCUCAGCAAGUUCUGGUUUUAGCGAUGAUGAUAGCCUUCAUGGCGAUCUCGGACUGCAAGCAGUUACUAUGGAACAGCUUAUCGAAGAAAUACAUUCAAGAGGUCGUGCUGGCCUCGUAGCGGAAUAUGUAGAAAUUAGGCAGAGGCCACCUGACGGUUCCUUUAAUAAUGCAAAAUUAAGGCCAAAUCAAUCAAAAAAUCGUUAUACGGAUGUGCUUUGUUACGAUCAUAGCAGAGUGUGUCUUUCUCAAAUAGACGGCGAUGCAACGUCGGAUUAUAUUAAUGCAAACUUUGUUGAUGGUUACAAACAAAAAAACGCGUUUAUUAAUACUCAGGGACCUCUUCCAAAGACAUGUGGGGAUUUCUGGAGAAUGAUAUGGGAACAGCAAACACUUGUUAUUGUGAUGACUACAAGGGUAGUAGAACGAGGACGUACAAAAUGUGCACAGUAUUGGGGUCCAGAGCCAGGUGAUGAAGUACAAGCAGGUGGUUUCACUGUAACAACUUUAGAAGUUGAUAUAAAUCCAGACUAUACAAUAUCUAUGCUCCUUCUUACAAACAACAAGACUGACGAGACAAGAGAGGUGUGUCACAUGCUUUACACAGCAUGGCCGGAUUAUGGCGUUCCUCAAUCAGCUAGAGCUUUAUUACAAUUCCUAUCCCUAGUAAGACAACAACAAAAUAAAUUAUUAGCAAGUAGGGGUGAUACCUGGGCUGGACAUCCACGAGGUCCACCUAUAGUAGUGCAUUGUAGUGCUGGUAUUGGAAGAACAGGAACAUUUUGCACCUUGGAUAUCUGCAUAUCUCGAUUAGAAGACACGGGAACUGUCGACAUUCGUGGAACAGUCGAAAAAAUUCGAGCACAAAGAGCCUACAGUAUUCAAAUGCCUGAUCAGUAUGUUUUUUGUCAUCGUGCUCUGGCAGAAUAUGCUCUUUCUAGGGGCAUGCUUAGUUCUCAACAUCUUGCUAUGUUACCUCCAACGGUAGAAGAAGAUUCUGAUUAAAAUACAUACACACACAUACACAUACACACACACACACACACAUAUAUAUAUAUAUUCCGAUAGACAUGAAGUAGGUUGAUAAACUUCCUGAUUAUACGUAUUCAGCUCUGUCCUGUCUAAUAGUUUACUUCUAGUAUAAAUGACUAAAACUUAUUUUUUUCUAUCAUUGCCAUUCGAUGUGUAAUCCUUAAGAUUUCUAGCGUUAUAUUAGCCUAAUAUUCAGGAUAUUCUGAAUACAAACUAGUUUGUCAAAAAAAAGGCCAAAUCAGUAAGUAGAGAUUGUAUAUUUCUAUUUUAUUUGGUUUUGCUCACGUAUUUUCAAUUGAGAUAGCGUGACGUAGCAAAGAGAGCACAGAUUUAAACUGUCUGAGUAACAUAUUUGUGGCAAAAAUACAUUUAUUCUUUCUAUUUUAUACUCUCUCGGUAUAUAUCAGUGCGUAAAAUUGAAAGAAUUGAUUUCCCUUUCUUUUUUAAAUUUUACUAAUAAAAGUCUUGUGUUUAAAGGUUAUUAGCAAAAUAAAAAAUUUUAUAAAAAGUAACACAAGAAAUUCUUAUGAGAGAGUUUAAUCGUUACUUUGUGCGUUGACAAAGAGAAAAUGAUAAUAUAGAGUGCAGAUAAUGAGAUAUAAGAUUAAUUUGUUUAACUGAUUGAAACGUUAUGACAACGUCAUUUUGCAGUGGCCAAUGAAUAGUUGCAGUUUACAUAAGAUCUUAUAAAGAACGUUAUGAUGUAUAAAAUGGUUUUUUAACCAUUAAAGAAAUAAGUGUAAUCAAGGUACAUCGAUAGUCACUUUUGGGCAACCAAAGAUUAUAUCCCUUAUACCAGUUUAGAAAAUUGGGGUUUGAUAUGUAUAAAAAUUUGAUUAAUAUUCUGUGAGAGAGAAAUCCUUAUAUACAGGGAUUUUUAAUCAGGGAUCACAUCUUGUAGACUAAAUACUUCCAUUUUGAAUAAAAAUGAAAUGGGGCCUACAAUGGCUUUACGAAUAUAAGCCUUUAAAAAUAAGUUAAAUAAGCUUCCAGCUUGUUUUAAAGUCACAGACGCGCUUCGGUAUGAUAAAAUAAUGGAAAAAAGAAAAUUUAUGCGAUAUUCGAGUUUUGAAAAGAGUUGUUCUAAAAUGUAUAGGUCCUUUGAUAUUUCCAUUAAAAGUGAUAUAAUUAAUUAGUAUCAUCUUAACGAUUGAAUAUGCUCUACUAGCAAGCCUUGAUACAUAUAUAAUAUAUAUGUAUGUAUGUAUAUAUAUAUAUGUAUAUAUAUAUAUAUAUAUAUAUAUAUAUAUAUAUAUAUAUAUAUAUAUAUAUAUAUAUAUAUAUAUAAAGUGUGAUUUGGUAUCUACGUGAUUCGAUACUUUAGAAAGAAGCGCAUAUAACACAAAGUUAUAUUCUUUAUGCAUAGUAAAACUUUAAAAAUAUUACGAUUCGCAUAUGUAUGUUCGUUUACUAUUCCUCGUGAUAAAAAGAUGAAAACAUUUGUUUUAAUAGGGAUAUCUGUGAAAAGAAAAAAGAAAUGAAAAAAUGAUAUCAUAUUCAAGUUAUUCGCCAAUUUCGAUGUUGCGAAGAAUGACGUUUGAAAGAUCGUAUUAUCCGAAAUAUUUAUUAUAUUACCGUUUUAAUUGUAAAAUUCGAUAUGAAUAAUGAAUUUAUAAUAAGACUGUUUAAGUUAUUUAUAUCAGAUAGUCACUGUUUAGAGAUCAAAGUUUCAUAACUUAAAAUAUUUAUCAUCGAUUUAUAACGUUCUCUUAAAAUGUGCACAUAGCGCAAAUAUCAAAAAGAAAAAAAAGAAAAAGAAAAAAAGAAAAAGAAAAAAAGAAAAAGAAAAAAGUAGAAGAGAUGUUGAUUCGUAAAGCGUAUUUAUUUCAACGUUUGUCAACGUAAGCUGGAUAAAUACAUUUUCUUGGGAUAUAAUCUCUCACGUAUAUAAACGACAGAAAUGAUAUACUAUUAGAUUUACAAAAAAAAAAAAAAAAUGAUAAAAAUUAUGGGAUAAUGAUAUUUUUAUGGUAUACAUCGCAGUGUAAAACGACACAUAUAGAAAUGAGAAAGGAGAAUACAUUUGAAAUUGGAAUUUAUUUAAAGUCAAUGUUUCACAUAAUUAAAAAUGGCGAAGCGUAUGUAGAAUUACGCAGUAUAGAUAUUUCCUUAUGCCGAGAAAAAAAAACUAAACUUGUAUUUCUCUCUGUCUAAAAUUCUAUGCUCCCGUUCCCUUCUUAUUAUAUAUGUACUAAUUUGAUCCAACAAAUUACAUUAUUGCUCGGCUUUCGCCUUAGAUUUUUUCUUAUAUACGGAUUGCAUACGUCACGAUAAUCGUUUUACGAAGAAAACUAUGUCAUUAUUUUUUAGAUAUUUUCGAAAUACAGAGCGCGUUAAAAGAAGAAAAUGUUAUAAAUGAAUAAUAAUAUGCUCGUAAGCAUUUUUACGCUUUCAUGUGUACCAUGUGUAGUUUAUCUAAUAAUGCAGCGUCUAACAUUUUAUUUUAGUAAUAAAAAAAAAAGAAGAAAAGAAAGUUUACCAAUCGUGAAAGAAACAUGUUGUUAGAAACAUUUGCGAAUUUUAUACAUAAAUAAUGCUGUGUAUCGGUCGUGAAUAUUUAGUCAAAUAAGUUUAGCGGUUUUGAUA